AUGAAGUUUACUCACCAGUUUGUCUUGUCUCUGAUUGCUCUGGCUAAAUUGGUCAUGGCAGACUCGCAACAAUUUGGAAUUAUUUCCAUUGCUUCGGGUUCUGACUUGCAAUACGCCUCUGCUUUCUUUGACUCCAACAACCUAGUUGUUGGUCAUCAGCCAAACAACCAGUUUGCACUUGUUGUCACCGAUGAUGGUAAGUUGAAGUCCACUUCUGGAAAUCAAUUCAUCGCCGUUGAUGCCAACAGUGGAAACUUGAAGGAAGUCAGCGACAGCAACUCUGCGUCAGUUGGGUUCUCAAUCAAGAAUGGCCACUUGCUGUACUUGAACUCUGAGUCCUUCUACGCGGUUCCUGGAGCAUCUUCCGGUGCUACUUGGUCCUUGUCAACCAAGAACACCAACAGUGCCCAGGGAGCCGCGGCUUCCCCUGUUGUCUUGAGGACUCAGUCAACCACGGGUACUGACGUGGUUGCUGAUUUCACACCAGCAGCCAUGUCUUCUGUGUCUUCGGUGGUGCCAAGCUCCAUUUCUUCUGUCCACCCAUCAUCUUUGGUGUCCUCGGGUUCAACCUUGGUGCUAUCUAAAGCCUCAGGGUCAGCCGUCCCAAUUUCCCAAAUCGGUGAUGGACAAAUCCAGGCCACUGCAACUUCCCAUGUUCCACCUGUUCAAUCGCACAAUGGUGCCAUUGGCCAGCACGGUCCAUACUUGGGAAUGCAUGCAGGCGUUGCCGCCGCAGCUAUUGCAUACCUAUUGUAA